ACAUUAAACACCGCAACAGCAGAGGAUGGGCAGUCCCCGAUGCUGUCAUUAGGUGACGGUAUUUUGCGCCUGAACAGCAGGAAGUUAAAUAGCAUCCACAUCACAUCCGUAAACGAGAGCAACAAAAGGUCUCAGUCAGUCCCACCAAAGUUCUGCUUAGACAGUCUGUAGAUGCCAUCUGGAGCUCCAAAGGGGGAGAACUGUCUUGUAGACAUGGACAGCAAGGCUGGAGAUCUAUUCAGUGCUGAGGAUGCUCAUCCAACUGGCACAGGUGGAGCUGGAAUCUUGGCAAAGCUCUGGCUCCCCAAAGGCUUUUCAGCCAGUAUGGCUAAAGAGUGGAUCGACAGGCGUCGAGUGUCCAUUCGACCUUGGGCCAGCUUCGUGGACCAACGCAAGUUUUCAAAACCCCGCAACUUUGGAGAGAUGUGUCAGAGGGUGGUGAAAAACGUGGAAAUUUACAACAGCAACUAUACCUUCAUCUUCCUGGGUCUCAUCCUCUACUGCAUUAUCAGCUCUCCAAUGCUACUGAUUGCCUUGGCUGUGUUCGCUGGUGCCUUCUACAUAAUUCACCUCAAGUCACUGGAGUCCAAACUUGUUGUCCUCGGCAGGGAGCUGACUGUCCCUCACCAGAUGAGUCUGGCUGGAGCUGUCUCUCUACCUGUGUUCUGGUUGGCCGGAGCUGGAGCUGCAGUCUUUUGGGUUCUGGGAGCGACACUGUUUGUGAUUGGCUCUCAUGCUGCGUUCCGGGAGCUGGAGGGAUCUGACAUGGAAGAGCUCCUCAUGGAGUCUGUGUGAAGAACAGGCUGAACUCUCAGCAGGUGCUGGUUGACGGAUCAGUCAUCACUUUGACCCUGUAAUCACGUUAGCCCAUGGGGUUGAGGAAAAACUGCUCUUAGAUAUGUUCCUUAUCUAUGUGUACAUCCCAUAUUCCCUGUAUCUUACCUAUGCCAGUGUACCAAGAAAGCACCUUGUCUUGCCUUUUGAAGUAGUUGUUGUUACAUACAGACUGUAUUGCCUUUUUGGAACUCAUUCAUACACAUGACUUGCCAUAUGCACAAUAAUUACUAAUUGUUAAUGAGUACAUUGUCAUACAGGAUAUAUGCCUUGGUCUACAUAUGUUAUGUCCUAGAUGCCUCUGGUUUGUGUCAAAUAGCCUCUCCCUCCCUGCAAUGUCCCUUAUACAGUGACAUAUCUUUCAAUUUAUUAAUCUCUUAGCACUAUCUGUGCUAUACUCUCUGCUGUAGAUAUCUUCAGAAAUAGCUUCUGUGUCUGACAAAAUCGACGAUUUCUUAUGGAAAGAUAAUGUUUACAGUAAAUGCAAUGUUUGCAAUUCUGAACUGCUAAAAAUAUUUUCUUUUCUUUUCCAAAGUGCAAUUUAAAGCUUUAAAAAUAUGUCUCUUAUAAUGACGAUGUUCCAAUAAAGCAAAGUGCUUAUGGUACUUAACAUAGAUAGGCUGACGAGAAGACAUCUUAAAAGGUUGAUACAUUCUGUAGUAAUGAUGUUUUGUACUGGGGAUAAUAUGGUACUUUGCUGACUGUCUGUAUGCAUAUUUAUCAGUUCUACUUACAACAUUCAGAUGUGAAGGUCAUUCUAUAAACCUGAUAUGUCUUUCUUGAAAUUCAUUAUUCCUUUGUUAACUUUUCAAUGCUAAGUUGCCUCUGUGUGUUUGUAUUUAAAUUACAUUUUGGAAGUGCAAUAAACCCCUGACACAAAGA